CUUGAAAUGUUGUAUGAGCAAUGGUGGGUUUGGUAACCAAAGUGUCGGUGCGUUCCUUAGACAAGGCCUCGAUGCUUAUUGGGAUUCUUGCAAGGACCAUGAAGAGCUCAGUGGAUAUGGUAAAUGGAGCAGGAAAUUGCUUGAAGAAUCCAUUUUCGCCAUGCAUGAAAACUCCCAGAGGACUUAUACUUCGGCUGGUGAUCUGUUCAAUCUAGAUUUUGAAGCAGAAAGGGAGUACCGCAUGUUCCCUGGUGAAGAAUCACCAUUUCUAGAGGCUACUUGAGCGUAAUUGAACACCUUGCAUCUGUUCUUCACGGUGUUAUCCAAUUAGGCCGCAAAGUCACAAGAAUAGAGUGGCAACCCGAGAGUAAAAAAUCUAUAGAAAUUCCAAUGGCUACGAUUCCAGUUCCAGACCAGUGAAGAUCCACUUUUGUGAUGGAUCUGGUAUGUUAGCAGAUCAUGUGAUAGUCACAGUUUCAUUAGGGGUCCUAAAAGCUGGAACUGGUCAAGAUUCAGGGAAAGAAGCUCUUGAGCUCGAAACCCUUAGUGAUGAAGAGAUUAUAAACGGAGUUUCAUCAACAGUUUCGGGUUUAUUACCAGCUCCAAAACCCCACAAGGAAGUGAAGCAUAAUUGCCCUGAUUUCUGCAAUGGGAGCGAUAGUGAAGACGGUGAAGUAAGAUUUGUCAAGGUUUUGAAGAGCAAAUGGGGCAAUGAUCCAUUAUUCUUGGGAUCUUACAGCUAUGUUGCUGUUGGAUCAAGUGGUGCUGAUUUAGACACAAUGGCUGAGCCAUUACCAAAGAUUUGUGGCUCCGAGUUGGACCAAGGUGUGCAUUAUCCACUUCAAAUUUUGUUUGCUGGGGAAGCUACACACAGAACCCAUUACUCUACAACUCAUGGAGCUUAUUUUAGUGGUCUCAGGGAAGCCAAUAGGCUUCUGCAACACUAUCGCUGCGUUGGAGACUAGACUUAGCACUUUAAUUUGAUUUAUUUUUG